UACCCUACUCGAAUGUGGAUAUGGAGUCUGGAGAACGGUUACCAUCUUCAACUGCUUCCUCUACUACACCAACUUCAUCUACACCUUCUGUGGCUUCAGCAGUUUCAAAAGGCGGCCUUUCCACUGGAGCUGCUUCACUUAGCUCUACAAUCAACCCAUGUGGACAUUUAUUCAGAGCAGCUGGGGAUCAACCGUUUAACCUGUCCACAGUGUCGAGUGCCUUCCCAAUGGUCAGCCACCCAGUCUUUGGUCUACAUUCAGCCAGCUCAGGGCAUUCAGAAUUUGGUGGUUUGGGGACACUUGGUACACCCACAGCCUUAGCCGCACAUCCCCAACUAGCAUCUUUUCCAGGUGCAGAAUGGUGGCGAACAACAGAUGUUCAUACUCGUACAGGGGCAGCCUUCUUUCCACCAUUAUUGGGAAUUCCACCACUGUUUGCGCCUCCAGCCCAGAAUCAUGAUUCUUCUUCAUUCCAUUCAAGGACUUCAGGAAAAAGUAAUCGAAAUGGUCCUGAAAAAGGUUUAAAUGGGUCAAUAAAUGGAAAUAGUACAUCAUCCGUAAUUGGUGUCAAUACAUCUGUACUAUCCACUACUGCUUCAAGUUCCUUGGGACAGACUAAAAGUACAAGCUCAGGUGGAGGAAAUCGAAAAUGUAAUCAGGAACAAAGCAAAAACCAGCCCUUGGAUGCUAGAGCUGACAAAAUCAAAGAUAAGAAACCAAGAAAGAAAGCUAUGGAAAGUUCUAGCAACAGUGAUAGUGAUUCAGGCACAUCAUCAGACACCUCAAGUGAAGGCAUUAGUAGUAGUGAUUCAGAUGAUCUAGAGGAAGAUGAAGAGGAAGAAGAAGAUCAAAGUAUUGAAGAAAGUGAAGAUGAUGAUUCUGAUUCAGAGAGUGAAGCACAACAUAAAAGUAACAACCAGGUGCUAUUACACAGCAUUUCAGACCCAAAAACAGAUGGACAGAAAGCAACUGAAAAAGCCCAGGAAAAAAGAACACACCAGCCAUUACCUCUCGUGUCUGAAUCCCAGACUCACUCAUCAUUCCAAUCCCAGCAGAAGCAGCCUCAGGUUUUGUCACAGCAGCUUCCAUUUAUUUUCCAAAGCUCUCAGGCAAAGGAGGAAUCUGUGAACAAACACACCAGUGUAAUACAGUCUACGGGAUUGGUGUCCAAUGUGAAACCUUUAUCUUUGGUAAAUCAAGCCAAAAAGGAAACUUACAUGAAACUCUUAGUUCCUUCUCCUGAUGUACUUAAAGCAGGGAAUAAAAAUACCUCUGAAGAAUCUAGUCUUUUGACCAGUGAACUGCGAUCCAAACGGGAACAAUAUAAACAGACAUUCCCAUCACAGUUAAAGAAACAAGAGUCAUCUAAGAGCCUGAAGAAGGUUAUUGCAGCUUUGUCAAAUCCAAAAGCAACCUCUAGUUCACCAGCACAUCCAAAACAAAUGUUAGAAAACAACCACCCUAAUCCAUUCUUGACAAAUGCACUUUUAGGUAAUCAUCAACCAAAUGGAGUCAUUCAAAGUGUCAUUCAAGAAGCUCCUCUAGCACUUACUACCAAAACUAAAAUGCAAAGUAAGAUUAAUGACAGCAUUGCUACUCCAAGUAGCACUUCUUUUCCCUCACCUGUGAAUUUGAGUACCAGUGGGAGAAGAACCCCUGGCAGUCAGACACCUGCAGUGCCCUCUGCCUCUCCCAUACUGCAGAGUCAAGGGAAGGAAAAAGCAGUGAGCAAUAAUGUAAACACAGUGAAAAUGCAGCAGCACUCCCAUCCUGCAAAAUCCUUAGUGGAACAGUUCAGGGGAACUGAUUCAGACAUUCCCAGUAGUAAGGAUUCUGAAGAUUCAAAUGAGGAUGAAGAGGAAGAUGAUGAGGAAGAAGACGAGGAAGAUGAUGAUGAUGAUGAAGACGAUGACAGCCAAUCAGAAUCAGAUAGUAAUUCAGAAUCAGAUACAGAAGGAUCAGAAGAAGAAGAUGAUGAUGAUAAAGACCAAGAUGAAUCAGAUAGUGAUACUGAAGGAGAGAAAACUUCAAUGAAACUGAAUAAAACAACUUCCUCUGUCAAAAGCCCUUCCAUCAGUCUCACAGCUCACUCAACACCUCGUAACCUCCACAUAGCAAAAGCCCCAGGCUCUGCUCCUGCUGCCUUAUGUUCUGAAUCCCAGUCACCUGCUUUUCUUGGCACAUCUUCCUCCACACUUACUUCAAGUCCACACUCUGGCACUUCCAAAAGAAGACGAGUAACAGACGAACGUGAGCUACGUAUUCCUUUGGAAUAUGGCUGGCAGAGAGAGACAAGAAUAAGAAACUUUGGAGGGCGCCUUCAAGGAGAAGUAGCAUAUUAUGCUCCAUGUGGAAAGAAACUUAGACAGUACCCUGAAGUAAUAAAGGGAAUGCAGUGGUGUCUUUUGAAAGAAGAGGAUGUCAUUCCUCGUAUCAGGGCAAUGGAAGGUCGUAGAGGAAGACCACCCAAUCCAGACCGACAGCGAGCAAGAGAAGAAUCGAGGAUGAGACGUCGGAAGGGUCGCCCUCCAAAUGUUGGCAAUGCUGAAUUCCUCGAUAACACAGAUGCCAAACUGCUAAGAAAGCUACAGGCUCAAGAAAUAGCCAGGCAAGCAGCACAAAUAAAGCUUUUGAGGAAACUUCAAAAGCAGGAACAGGCCCGCGUUGCCAAAGAAGCAAAAAAACAACAAGCAAUAAUGGCUGCUGAAGAGAAGCGAAAGCAAAAAGAACAGAUAAAGAUUAUGAAACAACAGGAAAAAAUUAAGAGAAUACAGCAAAUCAGAAUGGAAAAAGAACUUCGAGCCCAGCAAAUUCUAGAGGCUAAAAAGAAAAAGAAGGAAGAAGCGGCAAAUGCCAAAUUAUUGGAGGCCGAGAAACGAAUAAAGGAAAAAGAAAUGAGAAGACAACAAGCUGUUCUUCUGAAGCAUCAGGAACGAGAGCGAAGGCGACAACACAUGAUGCUUAUGAAAGCUAUGGAAGCUCGUAAAAAAGCAGAAGAAAAAGAACGGUUGAAGCAAGAGAAACGUGAUGAGAAAAGAUUAAACAAAGAACGUAAAUUAGAACAACGAAGGUUAGAAUUAGAAAUGGCAAAGGAAUUAAAGAAGCCUAAUGAAGACAUGUGCUUAGCAGACCAAAAGCCUUUGCCAGAGUUGCCUCGUAUUCCAGGACUUGUUCUCUCUGGAAGUACAUUUUCAGACUGUCUCAUGGUGGUGCAGUUCUUACGAAACUUUGGUAAAGUUUUGGGCUUUGAUGUGAAUAUUGAUGUUCCAAACCUGAGUGUUCUUCAAGAGGGAUUGCUAAAUAUAGGGGACAGCAUGGGUGAAGUACAAGACUUGCUUGUGAGGCUCCUCUCAGCUGCUGUAUGUGAUCCAGGUCUAAUAACAGGAUACAAGGCCAAAACAGCCCUUGGAGAACAUUUACUGAAUGUUGGUGUGAAUAGAGACAAUGUUUCCGAGAUUUUGCAGAUUUUUAUGGAAGCCCACUGUGGACAAACUGAGCUUACUGAAAGCCUGAAGACCAAAGCUUUUCAGGCUCACACUCCAGCACAGAAAGCCUCAGUCCUGGCUUUCCUGAUCAAUGAACUGGCAUGCAGCAAGAGCGUGGUGAGUGAAAUCGACAAGAACAUUGACUAUAUGUCAAAUUUGAGGAGAGAUAAGUGGGUGGUAGAAGGGAAACUCCGCAAGCUCAGAAUUAUUCAUGCUAAGAAAACUGGCAAAAGAGACACUUCGGGGGGCAUUGACCUUGGAGAAGAGCAGCAUCCUUUAGGCACACCCACUCCAGGACGCAAACGAAGGAGAAAGGGAGGAGACAGUGAUUAUGAUGAUGAUGAUGAUGAUGAUAGCGAUGACCAAGCUGAUGAGGAUGAUGAGGAUGAAGAUGAUAAAGACGACAAAAAAGGAAAGAAGACUGAUAUCUGUGAAGAUGAGGAUGAAGGUGACCAAGCAGCAAGUGUUGAAGAACUAGAAAAACAGAUUGAAAAACUGAGUAAACAACAGAGUCAGUACAGAAGGAAGCUCUUUGAUGCUUCUCACUCACUACGUUCGAUGAUGUUCGGCCAGGAUCGUUACAGACGCCGGUACUGGAUUCUCCCUCAGUGCGGGGGAGUUUUUGUAGAAGGCAUGGAGAGUGGUGAAGGACUAGAAGAAAUUGCAAAAGAGAGAGAAAAACUAAAAAAGGCAGAAAGUGUCCAGAUCAAAGAAGAAACCUUUGAGACUUCUGGGGACUCUUUAAAUUGUUCAAAUACAGAUCAUUGUGAGCAAAAGGAAGAUCUUAAAGAAAAAGAUAACACAAAUCUGUUUCUUCAGAAACCUGGUUCUUUCUCCAAAUUAAGCAAGCUUUUGGAAGUAGCUAAGAUGCCUCCUGAGUCAGAUGCUAUGACUCCCAAACCAAAUGUUAGUGCAAAUGGGUGCACAUUGUCUUAUCAAACCAGUGGGAAACAGUCACUGGGCAGCGUCCAACCAACAUCAACCCAAAGCAGCAUGGAAAAAGCAGAUUCUAGUAAUCUGUUUAAUACCGGUUCCAGUGGUCCAGGGAAGUUCUACAGUCCUCUGCCCAAUGACCAGUUGUUAAAAACACUGACUGAAAAGAACAGACAGUGGUUUAGCCUUUUACCAAGAACGCCUUGUGAUGACACUUCACUUACCCAUGCCGAUUUGUCAAGUGCUUCUGCCGUGACUCCUCCGUCUCAGCCACCAUCUAAGUCACCUUCACCUGCUCCAGCUCCUCUUCUUGCAUCAUCUUCUGCUCAGAACCCUGUUGGUCUAAAUCCAUUUGCUUUAUCACCUCUUCAGAUGAAAAGUGGAGUAUCUAUGAUGGGACUACAGUUUUGUGGGUGGCCCACUGGUGUGCUUACUCCCAAUAUUCCAUUUACAUCACCUUUACCUAGUCUGGGAUCAGGGUUAGGAUUAUCAGAAGGAAAUGGUAAUUCGUUCCUGACUUCCAACGUUUCAAGUAAAAGUGAAUCUCCAGUACCACAGAAUGAAAAGGUCUCUUCAGCUCAACCUGCAGCUGUUGAAGUAGCAAAGCCAGUAGAUUUUCCUAGUCCAAAACCUAUUCCAGAAGAAAUGCAAUUUGGUUGGUGGAGAAUUAUUGACCCAGAGGAUUUAAAAGCUUUGCUCAAAGUGCUACAUCUCAGAGGAAUAAGAGAAAAGGCAUUGCAAAAACAAAUUCAGAAACACUUGGAUUAUAUUACCCAAGCCUGCAUCAAGAAUAAAGAUGUUGCUAUUAUUGAAUUAAAUGAAAAUGAAGAAAACCAGGUAACUCGAGUAGUGGAGAACUGGUCAGUAGAAGAACAAGCUAUGGAGAUGGAUGUGAGCAUCCUUCAACAGGUAGAAGAUCUAGAAAGGAGAGUCGCAUCAGCAAGUUUGCAAGUAAAGGGUUGGAUGUGUCCAGAGCCUGCAUCAGAAAGGGAGGACUUGGUAUAUUUUGAACAUAAGUCAUUUACUAUGUUGUGCAAGGAGCAUGAUGGAGAAUUUACUGGUGAAGAAGAAAGCAGUGCACAUGCUCUAGAACGGAAGAAUGACAACCCCCUAGAUAUAGCUGUAACCAGGCUGGCUGAUUUGGAGCGGAACAUUGAAAGAAGGUAUCUGAAGAGCCCCUUAAGUACCACCAUUCAGAUCAAACUGGAUAAUGUGGGCACAGUUACUGUCCCUGCUCCUGCACCAUCCAUUAGUGGUGAUGGUGACGGAAUUGAAGAGGAUAUUGCUCCAGGGCUCAGGGUAUGGAGAAGGGCAUUAUCAGAAGCUCGCAGUGCUGCACAGGUAGCUCUGUGCAUUCAGCAGUUACAGAAAUCAAUAGCAUGGGAAAAAUCAAUUAUGAAAGUUUACUGCCAAAUCUGUCGAAAGGGAGAUAACGAAGAACUGCUUCUCCUUUGUGAUGGCUGUGACAAAGGCUGUCAUACAUACUGCCACAGACCCAAGAUUACAACCAUACCGGAUGGGGACUGGUUUUGUCCAGCUUGCAUUGCUAAGGCAAGUGGUCAAACUCUAAAAAUCAAAAAAAUUCAUGUCAAAGGAAAAAAGACUGAGUCAAAGAAAGGCAAGAAAGUAACUUUGGCAGGUGAUACUGAAGAUGAAGAUUCUGCAUCUACAAGUAGCUCACUAAAAAGAGGAAACAAAGACCUCAAAAAAAGAAAAAUAGAUGAAAACACGUCUGUGAACUUGGCAAAACAAGAAAGUUUUACUUCUGUUAAGAAACCUAAAAGAGAUGACUCCAAGGACCUAGCUCUUUGCAGUAUGAUCCUGACUGAAAUGGAAACUCAUGAAGAUGCAUGGCCUUUUUUACUUCCUGUAAACUUGAAACUUGUUCCUGGUUAUAAAAAAGUUAUUAAGAAGCCUAUGGAUUUUUCUACAAUUAGGGAGAAACUAAGUAGUGGACAGUAUCCAAACCUUGAAACCUUUGCUCUAGAUGUCAGGCUUGUUUUUGACAACUGUGAAACAUUUAAUGAAGAUGAUUCUGAUAUAGGCAGAGCUGGCCACAGUAUGAGGAAGUAUUUUGAAAAAAAAUGGACAGAUACUUUCAAAGUGAGCUGAAGUUACAAUAAUCUCUUUUAUUUUUCCUUUUAAACAAGGACAAAUGAGACCAGCAAUGUGAACUGUAUUUACAUAAACGUGCAAGGCACAUACAUAAUGACUUUUUUUUUUUCUUAAAUAAGUAUCAAAAAAAAGUAUCAGAAGAAUGAUACCAUUUUUAAAGGCUUCACUCCUACAACAACCAAGGCCCUCGGUUAUUGGUUUGUGUGAUUUAUCAGCUAAUUUAGGUAGAACAGGGAAGCACACCCAAAGAAUUUUCAAAGGAAAGGGUGUUAUAGUGCAAUAGCAAUUAAAAUAUAUCAAAUCGCACUGAAUAUUCAACACCAGAGCUCUAAUGUGGGAAAUGGUUCUCCUUUCCCUCUCAAUAAAUAUCUAUUUUUCAUUUUUUUACUUUGUAGUUUAUUUUUUAGUGAAUGUAUUUAAUUUUAUGAAUUAUUUAUGAUUAAACCACAUCCAGAAUCUUCGUUUUCUGUGAAAAGGAAGAACUAGAAAAUUGCUUUAAAUCUUGAAAAUACAACAAGGAAUGUUUUAAAAUAUAAAACAAAGCCAAGUUAAACUGUUUACACUGAUGUGCUAUAAAAGCACCAAAAAUAAACUUUACUGUAGAGUUACAAGUACAUUUAUAUAUAUAUAUGUUGCUGCAUCACUUGUGUAGUUAAAUUGUAUUUCCAGACAGUGAAAAGAAUUGACAUGUAUAUACUGUUCAUUAUUGUUUAUAUUCAGUCUUGUUUUAAAUAUGUACUAUGUGUAUAUAUUGUUUGCAGACAUUAUUGUUUAUGCCUUAGAAGGACGGUAGCAUUUUAUUUUAGUCGGGAGGUAAUGAUAGCUAUCCAGCUUGUACAGUGAUUAUCCUCUACCAACACUGUGGCGUCUCCUUAAUCUUGGUAGUGCCUGCCUUCGAAACAGGGUGUAGGGGAUAUUAGUUUUCCAUUUUUCUAUUUUGUUAUAUAAUUUUAAGCCACCAGGGCCUAAAUUAAAGUAUAAUCAUUUGUAUCCAUGUGGAAUAAAAUUGUGACAA